ACCAUACUGUUUGGUCAUGGUCUGGAGGUGAGUGUCCAUUUGUCAUUGGUAAUAGAGGCACGAGUGACACUUAUAUUUUGUUUGAUUGAAGAAUUUUUCACUGACAAGCACUUUGUAUACAGUAUAACCCAGGGGCGGACUGACCAUUUUGAAACUCGGGCACUGCCCGAGGGCCCGGGGUCAGUAGGGGGCCCCAUGAGCUGUCCCUAGUACCUUUUUCAUAGUUUUUUUUGAGUUUGGGCAAGGACACAGGGGCCCCAUGAUCCCCUAUUGCCUGGGGGCCCCAUG